AUGCCCAUGUUAACCUUCAUAAUCGAAGAUGCCCUUUCAAGGGGCGAUUCUCUCGAAGACUCUGCAUUAGACUUCACACAGAUCUCCUCAACCCCAGUCAAAAUCAUCGACCUCUCAAACCCUCGCACAAGACAACUGAUCGUUUUCGCUAAAAUGAAACUCUCCGGAAAGAUCACAAACUACUACCACAGUCCACUAUCCACCGCCUCCGUUCAAAGGAUUCGAAAUAAACAUUUUCCUAUUGAACCACCACAUAUGAGCUACAAAGUCCCCAUUGCGAUUAACUCCCAAACCGAACCUUUGAAACUCAUCCCCACUGUCUCGACUGGUCAAAAGCAAGAAGGUUGUCUUUCAAAGAUCCCCCGCGAAAUCUUCGAUGAGAUAACUUCCAACCUCGGUGCUAGCGAUUUAAUCGCCCUCUCACAAACCUGUGUUGAUUUCUUCACAAUCAUCGCAUACGAUCAAAGGUUUUGGUACAAUCGCCUUUUAAACGUCAACAAACGCCCCGGUCCAGGAAGUCACAAAUACGAAAGGUUGUUUCCUCGAAUCGUUAGUACUUUGUUGACCGGUCGAAAGCGAUGGUAUGACGCUAUUGAUAUCGAAGAGAAGGUUCGAGAUCAUCAUGAGGUUAUAGCAUGUUGGAAUGGAGAGUUCGAUGAUCAAAGGUUUUAUUACAAAGAUGUUGUUGAGAUUCUCAAGCGUGAGGAUUGGGGGUUUGAGUAUGAAACUUGUGAUUGUUGUUUGACGCAGAAAGGUGUUAACCAAGUCUUUAAUGGGACGAAGAUUCCUGCACAAUUGUGUCGGGAUUGUGUUUUUGAAAGAUUUCGUGGUGAAAGGGUCAUGCCUUUUCACAUCUUGAUCAAGAAAGAAGACUUCAAGAGCCACGACUGGGAAGACCGUUUGAUUUCCUGGAUCAGAAGCGGAUACCUCAAGCCCGGAAUGAUCUUUAGAAGAUGGUUUGGGAGGUACGAAGUUGAAAACGACUCGGGGGGCCAUCUCUCUGACUUUCAAGUUGUUGAAAUCGAUGACGAUGAUUUUUAG